UCUCUAUUGUUCCUCCACUCUCUCUUACUUAUCUUCAACUUUCUAGCCAGAAUGAGCGACGGUUUUGUUCUUAACCGGCUCAUGUUCUGCAUGGAGCACGGCAAUGAGCUAUGUAACAAGUGCUACUGCGACCAUCGCAUGUGCAACAACAUGAUCGCAGAGAGUCGCAUGGAAGGGAUCAGUGGUGCUGCAAAGAGAUUGGUUACGGAUGAAAAUCGAAAACCUAUUAGCGACGUCUUCGCGCUUGGCGCAGUCAAGAGUGGCGAAAAGGAUGCUGACGGUUAUACAUUCUACAAGUGCAAAAUACACGAUACUAUUGACUGUCCAGAUUGCUUCGACUGGAUCAAAAUUAUCGUUGCGCAGUCCAAGAAGAAAGAUAAAGGCAAGGUCGAGGAUCGGAGUCAGAUUUUGGGGCUGUUGAAGUCGAUGGGUAUCGACCUGCCUCCGACUUUGAAAUUACCCGAUGACGCGCUCGAGAAGAAACUCGCCAGUGCCUUGAGUGCUGCCCAGGAGAUAUCAACUCUGGGGAAAUUCCCCAUCAACCCCUCUAAGCUCCCGCGGUGGGAGAAUCAACCCAAAUCAGCAUUUGAUGCUAUGCAACGAACGAGCAUGGCCGAGGCGGUGAAGAACUUCAAUGCAAGGACACGAGGCCUCCCAGACCCCUUCGCCUUGUACAGCUCUGCUUUCCUUGAUGCCAGGCAAACUCUGAGGCAUUUGUGUCGCAAUCUCGAAACAGGCAUGGACAUCAACGUACUGCAAGACAAAGAUCAUAAUGAAGUUAUUUGUAUUCGUGUUUUGGACAUAUACAAGCUCAAUGACACGACGCCACUCAUUUCUUUGAUCUACGAAACAGCUAGCAUCAGUACACCCAUUAACACCACCAUUGAUUUCGUCCAGACUGUCAUCUCAAAAGGACGUAAUGGAGGGCCACCCGGGCUUCCCCAAAUUACUUGCACGCCGGAGGAACAGGCUCUCUUGCGCAAGCUGCUUUUUCAAAAUUCACAACGCUUAGUGUCCGAAUAUAUGCCACACAAAGAGCGCUAUGAGAGAACUUUCAAGACGUCUUUCCUCCUCCCUCUCGGGCCCCUUGAUCAGAUAACUAUCGGGAAAUUAAGCAGCAAUCUUGGCUGUGAGGUCUGUGGCGAGAAGACCACAAGUCGGUGUUCUCAAUGUCAGUCUGUAUCUUACUGCGGUCCAACCUGCCAGAAAGCCCAUUGGAAAGAUCACAAGAACUUCUGUCGGUCCUUGAAAGGAGGAAACUGGAUCCAGUUCCAUUUCGUCACAGCAAUGAAGGACAUUAACGGGAAGAAACUCUACACAUCAUAUGUGAAUAACCAAGGAAGAAUGAACCCCACGACUGUCACCCCAGAUGACGAUGCGCCUCCUUCGAACGUUCACGGAGAUAAACCUUUCUUAAUCAAGAUUCAGAAGCCGUUGACUCGAUUGCCUGGGCUUGCGAUUUCGGAGGAUGCUAUUGUUCCUCCUUCGUUGUUGAUAUAUGACAGGCAGCGCAGUUUUCGAGCCCAUGCGAUCGAAGUCGAUAAUCCACAAGCGUACCCGAUGGCUAUUCGCGAAGUUCUGAUGGGGCAGACCAAGGUUAAGAUCUAUCGGUGGGCGAAGAGAGUCGGGGACUUUGAACUCAGUGUCUGUCUUGACCGUGCACCGGAUCCCGAGCCCACUUGGUAAGUACAGUAGCCUUUCGGUGUUAAUGCUACCAAAUGGAUUUAUCUUCGUCCAACAACACAUGACUGAACCUAAAUCUCUCCAUAAUUGGCAGUGGCAUAUGUCGCUACGCUACAGCUUUGACCUACAUGCAACCUUCAAUCCGAGUUGUCUGACCUUGGUUCCACGCUUGUCCGC